UCACUCUCCCGGUAAGUUAAGUUGAAGUUCGCUCUGCAAAACAAAUGUAACCGGCCCUGACACUGUUUUGACCUGAUUUUUAAAUUAGUUAAGCUCCUUGGCGAACCCGGAUACUUGCAACAAACAACGAGUAGUGCAUUUAAAGAGCUGAGGCCGCAGUGCACAGUCAGAGGAGACGAAGCGAUCCAGCGCGUGCCGAGUGAUAAGAAGACUCUAAUGUCACGUCGUUCUGUGUCUGGUCGUCGCUAAUCAGAUGGAAACGACGAUGAAUCAGCUGCGAGCCUGGUAUCGCGACAAUGUCGCCGACGACCCCGUGGGUCUGCACCUCACCAACCCGCCUCACUUCUUGUCUGCGGAGGAGGUCAAGCUGAAUUCAGGAGUGGAAUAUGAAUUUAUUGCCGACACCGAAGAUCAGGCAGAACUCGACAAACUUCGCAAAGGAUGUUCACACUACGAUUGGCUGGAUUUCUCCAAAGACACAGGCACCAACUUUGAGGAGAAUAGGGUGAAGUUCGCCCAGGAACACCUGCACGCCGACCCCGAGAAGCGGCUGAUCACUGAUGGCGGCGGCUUCUUUGAAGUCCGGGAUCAAGAUGACCGCUGGAUUCGCCUGCACUUGAAGAAGGGCGACCUGAUCACUCUACCUGCAGGCAUCUACCACAGACUGUAUCUAGAUGACAAGGGCUACGUGAAGAUGCUGCGCUUGUACACGGAGACAACCGAGUGGGUGGCCCUCAACCGUGGUCCGGAAGCUGACCAGCACCCGGUCAGAGCCCAGUACCUCAACAGUCUUCACGAGAAAGUCAUCUCCGUCCAGUAAACAAUGUGUCGGCAGCCGAUGCAAGACGAAUGUCUACUUCAACUUGCCUUUGAAUUUUUGUUCAGUUUGUUCCUGGUGCCACAGAUAGGUUGUGAAGCAAGUUUCUUGUUUCUUGCCAAAUUGAAAAAAAACCCACGUAACUCGUUUAAGCUUAAAUAUAAAUAAUUGAUAAGAGCUAUUUUUGACUGUGGUGAAAAUCUGGGAACGAUGGUCAUAGUGAUCUUGAAGCGAUGACUUUUUAUAUGCAAAAUUUUGCAGGAAAGCAGCAAAUGCUUUCAAAUGCACUUGAACUUCAACAUCUACUUAUCUUUCUUUGUUCUAUAUAGUCUUUGUUCGUAUUCUCUUUUCCUUUUUUGAAGGUAUGCUUUCUCUCACAAUGUCGUCAAGCUUUCAUCAAACAAAUUCGUUUAAUAAUUAAUAAUUUUCUUACAUUAAAUAAUGAUUAAAUUUUACAAAGGACCGGUUUUUUUCCUUAUAAUUUUGCAGUUGACCUAUCAUAAUGGAGAGCAUGAAAAUAGCUUAUGGUAUUCAUGAUAGUCAAGUACAUGAUGAAUCACAUGGAAAGUACGUAGUAAUAAUCCCUGAGUUUUUAAAGACACAUUUCGCACUUGUAUUCUUGUAUUGCAAACACUUUUUUUUAUAAAUUCACCUAGUCAUUGACCUUUCAGUGUAUAUUUUAUUUUGUUUAUUUUUAAUACUUAUGAAUAUUUCUUUUGCCUCUUAAAGAUAAAUAUGUCAAGUUUUAAUAUUAAUUUUUCGAAUUUUCUAUGACAUAAGCUCGGGGAAAGGAGAAAGUAAAUUUCCUUUUAAAACGAACUUAAUUACAGCAGAGACAAAUGCUAUGAUUUAAGACUUUAUGAAAUUGUUAAGGUAUAUUUUUUACGAUUUUUUACCGGUACUUUUGCUAAUACAGAAAAGCUUGAAAAUUUGUCUUGCAUGUAUGCAACGCAAUAUAUCAGCUCUUUUUCUAACAGAAAUUAUUUGUGAAAAUAAUAAAAAAUAAAAAUGCAUAAAUUAUAGUAUUGUGUUGUGUAAUGAAAUUAAUGUUUAAUAUUUUUGAAAGCAGCAUUUGCUAAUAUAUGGGUGGUAUUUUAUCGCACGGGGAGAGGAAAGAGACUCCUCUGUGCUUUAAUGAAGCAAGUAGCCGACUGUAUGUUCUUGGGAGAAAAAAAUAGGAUUCUUCAUCCGGAAUUGUUCAUCUGAACCCUUUCCCUCCUCGCUCGCUGCUCCGGGUGUUGCAGAGACGAGUGCGAAACACGAAAACAUUACCUAAUGUAUUCUUUUUGUACAAAAAUAAAAUCCACAAUCGAC